AUCACUCGGUGUUGAGUCGUCAUUUGGGUGAAAAGUAUUACCUUGUACUUACUGGUCUUCAAAAAUGUUCUUCAAACUCGAGAAACAACUCUUACUUUUACUAUUUUCUUCAUUAAUUACUCUGAACAAACCAGAAAAUUUUGAAAGAACAAAGAGAGCUACUCAUUCGGCAGAUGAUAUUGCCAAAAUUGUAGCUAAGCAUAACAGUUUAAGAAGUAGUGAAGGAGCUGGCGAUAUGGAAAUUAUGAAAUAUUCCAACUACCUGGCAACCAUGGCUGAGGAUUGGGCAGAUCAAUGUGUUUGGGAUCAUGGACAACCAGAUAGAACAGAUAAACCUUGGGACAGUAUUGGACAAAAUCUUUUUCUAACAAGCGCAUCCUCAUUAGAUGUUGAAUCGGCAAUUAGCGCAUGGUAUGAUGAAAAACCUGACUACGACUAUGAUACAUUAUCUUGUUCUACCGGUAAAGUUUGCGGUCAUUAUACACAAGUUGUGUGGGCUAAGAGUAAUAAUGUUGGAUGCGGUUAUAAACUCUGUACAACAGUAUAUACAAAUAAAUCCAAAACUGUAGAACAAGGGACAGACGCUUUCAUUUUUGUUUGUAAUUAUGGACCAGCUGGAAACUAUGUUAAUGUGAAACCUUUUAAAAAAGGAAAUCCUUGUACACUUUGCGAAGGUGGAAAAAUGUAUUGUGAUAAAGAAUACGAUAAACUUUGUCGAGAUUGUCCUGCUGAAUCAAUAGCUGAUUGCCCAUGUAAGGUGGCGUGCCAGAAUGGUGGAGUAGAGAAUGCUACCGAAUGUACCUGUGCUUGUCCUAGUCAGUACUACGGAGCUGAUUGCUCACUUGAGUGUAAAGACAAUCAUGAUCAAUGUGGAAAAGGUUGGCCAAAAUCUCAUUGUUCCGAUCCCAGCAAAGGAGCUUACGAUUACUUGAAACAGUUUUGCCCUAAGACGUGUGAAAUUUGCACGGUUGGUCCUCCUGCUCCAGUUCCAGUUCCAGUUCCAGUUCCAGUUCCAGCUCCAGUUCCAGUUCCAGCUCCAGUUCCAGUUCCAGCUCCAGUUCCAGUUCCAGUUCCAGCUCCAGUUCCAGUUCCAGCUCCAGUUCCAGUUCCAGCUCCAGUCCCAGUUCCGUCUCCAGUUCCAACUCCAGUCCCAGUUCCGUCCCCAGUACCUUCUCCUGUACCUUCCCCAGUGCCUUCUCCAGUUCCCUCACCCGUACCAGCACCAGUCCCAGUUCCUUCUCCAGUCCCAUCCACAACACGGGGGCCAACACCUAACCCAAAUAAUCCUGCACCACCAGCGGACUGUGUAACAAAGAAUUUACAAUGCCAAAACGGCGGCUAUGCUAUUAAAUCGGGCUCACAAUGUAUCUGCAAAUGUCCCGAAGAUUAUUUUGGAAGUGACUGUGAACGCGUUAAAAAGCAACUCAGUUUUGGUGUCAACUUAUACCUUUCCGUUUCUCCCUCUCAAUGGGAUAGUCUGUGGCCAUUGAUUAGAAAAUACGUUACUAAUUCAAUAAACGAUAUCUGUAACAGUAAAGAAUACUUUUCACAAUGUUGUUCAACAGACACAGAGAGAAAAGACAUAGCGCAUUAUAUUUACAUUCAAAGAGCAGAAUUAAAAGCAGCCGACGGCUAUCCAAUAUCUCACAAAGGAGAUAGAUCAUUAGCUGUUAUCUAUGCAAAUCCAAACGCCGAUAAUGAUCUAUGCAAACGAGCAAUUACUGCAAGGGCUCUACCUUCCAACUUUAUGAGUCAAGAUCUUUUGGAAACUGCUGUCAUGAAAAACAAAGAUGCUUUAAACCAAGUUCUUGGUUCUUGCUGUAAUGCUAGAAUAGAAGAAAUUAGUAGAGCAGAUCCAAAUCAGCAUUUGGGAGGAGGAGUUAGCGGUCUAAGAACCUUAAUGGUACCAAUCAUAAUUGGUGUGUUAACAGUUCUACUCUUCUAAAGUAGAAUAGCUCACGUAACUGUUCUAUAAUCAGUGAUACUCUUCGUUAAACGCCGUGAAAAGUUCAUAAAACUCGUGACUGUGUAUAAUAAAUAAGAAACUUUUACUUUUAUUUCAUUACACAGAACGACAAGAAUCGAAUUUUUUUCGGCAAUCCUUUAGAAUUUUUCUUGUUAUAUCUUUCCUUAUAAUUCCUAUAGGUUUGGUUUCUAUUACUGAUCUUAAGCACUUUACAAAAGUUUCAUAUUUCCCGACAAAAAGUCAAACUGACUACUUGAUUGAAAGUUUUACUUGACAAAUUAUAUUUUCUCCUGAAUUCAGUAUUUCUUAUUUUAUGCUAUAAUACAUCAAACUUAAUUAGCAAACAAGAAUUUUGGUUUCAUUUAAACAUUCGAUCAAUAGAUGGCGUAAAAGUGGUAUUUUUUAUACUUCUUUUCUCUUUUUUUCUUCUGCCCCUUCAUUUUUUUUUGUCAUUCUAU